AACAUGGAGAAGUUAAAUGCACUUCUGAAAAUUGCCAACAAGCAGACUAAUCUUGCCUUUGGGUUAGUCUCCUUGCUGACGGCUGGAGGAGAGCAGAUCUUCUCUUCAGUGCUCUUCAGGUGUCCCUGCAAUGAGCUGAACUUCAUGUACGGCAUGGUGUUCCUUCUGUUACCCGCUGUGGCUCUGCUACUGCUGGCCUACAUCUUGAGUCAGAAGAUGUGGAAGAUGAUGACGGGUUUUUGUCGAAAUAGGACUAAUUUUUGCUGCUGGAAGAAGAUGUUGCACUUUCUGAAAACAGUCUUGAAGAUCAGCACCACAGCCUUGGUGGCACCCUCAAGUUGGAUAGCUUUGGCUUUGCUAAAAGGGAACUACUUUGAGUGUGCGAUGACAAAUGCCAAUGUGACUUACUACAAAGAGCGUUUCUGCGGUGGUGCCAACUCUCUGGUCGAGUGCCAAACGGAAGUUCAAACGUUCCCUUGCGGAGGAGGCAGCAGUGCCAACGACAGAGAAGCUGUUCUGCUCACCCUAAGGGCUCACUCGCAGAUCCUUGGUUGGCUGUUGAUUGCUUUGGUCAUGUUGUCCAACCUCUUGCUGAACUGUCUGGCUCGGUGCACCUCGCCCGUCAACUACCUGCAGCUCAAGUUCUGGAGGAUCUAUUCUCAUGAGGAGAGCAAACUAAUGGACUCCUACACCUUGAUUCAUGCCAAGGAACUCGCCGAGAGAAACAUUGAAAGUUUCUUCAAACAUUCAAGUCCCAAACAUAUCAUCACUCCCUCCAACAAAGAUUGGGAUAAAAUCUCCACCCUCUACAAGUUCAGCACCAAAGACCACUACUACAGUACAUUACACAAGUAUGUAGAUACCGGGAUGAUUCAAAUGGCCGCCUUUAAAUCAGCUGAGUCAAUGUCAGACAAUCCUGCGGUUCUGAAUUUUGUGGAUAAAGGCAGAAUGUGUCUGUAA